AUGGGGCAACGGGAGAUCAAUGGCGCCAGAGGCGCAACAAGGGAGAACCUCACAUCGGGGAGCCCAGGGAAUGAACUUAAACAAUAUAAUAAACUUACGGGGCACAGCGAGCAUUAUCAAGAAUAUGCUGACACUGUCCGCGAGUCCUUAGUUCACUACGGCAUUCAGGAAGACCUGGCGAAUGCAAUAAUAACCGAGCAAAUGUUUCUCCUAACUACCGAGCUACUCUUCCGCCUCCAGAAAUUGGAAGCCGAGAAUAAGAGGCUGGACAAUAACCUCCUCGCGUAUGGGCGCAUAAGUAAACGAAGUGCGGCGGAAAGUACGGACGAUAAUGACGGCCGCCCAUCCAAGAAACCAACGCAUAAUGCUGAUACUGCACCCAACAUGUCAACGCCCACAGCUGGCGUGACUACGAGGGACCCGGAGAACAAUGAUCCGACAUAUGACAUACUCACUAAUGUGGUUGUUCCUGGAGAACGGCACCCAUCACCCAAGCUCAAGCGCGACCCGUCCAGGGAUCACCCAAAUCCAGUGGGGUAUCGUACUGAGGACGAGGACUCAGAGGAUGAAAGUAAUCUCAGUACUGCAGAGGCGAAUCGGCGACUUGCCAAACGUCAACUCGAUUUCGACAUGUACUCAGGUCGGAUUGACAACGUGUGGGGCGUGGUUUUACACCCGCAGCUUUCGCCGCAACGUCUCAACAUACUACGCAACACUCUCCCACGGCACACAUGGUUCUCCGAACGUAGCAAUACCGUGUUCACUGGUAACACUGCCAUAGCGGCAAUGCAGUGGGAGCGCACCCAUGACAAUGCAUACAACCCGUUCAAGAACCCCUUGUACGCUACUGCACCACGAGGCGUCCCACGUAACCCGCUGGAGGUCAAGGGACUCGUUCGCAUUACUCAAGACGAGACAUUUGAACCCUGGGUUCGCGUCGAAGCGUACAUCUUGUUGCGCGUGUUGAAGAAUGCGGCUGCUAUGAGUAACCCGCAGGUGCACGACCGAGCGAUGCAAUGUUUGGAAAAGGUGAGCGUGGACGAGUUCACGCCCAAAGUUGAUGAGAACGAAUGGAUGGAGAUCGCCCUGCCGCACGACUUCGACCGCAUACGAAACUUCGCAAACCUCCACAAGAACAACCGGGGCAUGGGCAUCCCAAUGCCCAAGCGCGAGCAUUCGUUACUCAUUGACGACUUCGCUCAAUAUGCCUUGAUGCAUGCUAGGCCUGGUAGUAUAUCACCACUUCCAGGGAUUGCGAUGCGGCUGUCUUUAGAAGUGGACCGCCGUUCAUCUUUUGGGCAGGGACUUGUGCGGGUACUCGGACCCGUGGAUAAGGCAGCUCGCCAUGAGUUUACCAAAGCGUUUGCAGCACUGGCGUCUCAUGCAAACCGAUAUCGCGAGGCCAUUGAAGCAUAUGAUGCUCAAAACCCCGGCGCGCCUUUCGAGGCGCAGGAGGGACCGACAUAUUCAUUCGUUCGGUCCUCGUUGACUAUCGAAGGCGCUAAAUUAUUUGGUAUUGUCGACAUCAUUGAACUACUGGUCAGAAAUCGUAUCCCGGUGUCUUGGAUUGACCACGCGUACCCUUUUGGAUUCAACUAUCUGAAUGCGCGUAUAUCACGACCAAUCCCGAAUAAUCAUCACUUGGCUGUUUAUGACGACGAGAGGCUAGCCCGCAUUGACCGGUUUGGAGUUCCACCCGCUAUACCCGAGUGGGACGGGUGGCGACAGCCAUCCGAGGACGAUCGCCUUCGUUUAUACGUACUCAUGAGUUUGGAUGAGAAAGCCAAACCAAAGUGUCAAGGUUUCCAACACUACACUUGGAUUCGUAUCGGGGACCCAGCGUUCCAACGAUUCCUCAAGUUCCGUGAUCAGAACAUCAUUGAUGAUCAGGAGAGAAUUGCGGCUGCACGUAAGGCGCCUACUGGUUCCACUGUGGCGCUCGACGAUAACGACGACGAAAUGAUUGAUGCGACUUCACAUGAUACCGAGGACAAUGUCAUGGGAAGUGCCUUGUUAAUGGAGGAUGACAUACCUACUCAGGGAAUUGCGAGUUUAUCACUCAAGAAGGUGAACUCAAUUUAA